AUGGCCAACUUUGAUGCGAUUGACCUCCUAUUACGCUAUGAGACACCACUUGUGAAGGACAUGGAGCCAGAUGAUGACGUACUUGAGUGGGUGGCCGCAUACGUGGGCAGUGAAAGUUUUCAGGAAUCCAUUAACGACUUUUGUAAUGCCCAUGCGAGUCAUUUUUCCAUUUUGCUCACCAAAGGAGGACCUUGUGCUGCUGACCUUGAUAAGGUCGAAUUAAUGUGGAAGGAACUGCACGAGGCUUUUAUUGACACGGCAAAUGCUAAAAUCGAAGCGUUCCUGGCAGAGAGAGGGUUUACUAUGGACCAGUAUACCACUCGCUGUGAUGAAGAGAUUGCAAUCUCGGAAGAGCGGCAGCGACACACGAGACUCAGCUUUUUCGUGCAGAUCUUGAUGGCCUGUUGUGAGUACGAGCAGUUUCUCAAUCUUAUGAAACGUGUGGCCGAUCCGGAAUACUACGAUAAGAAGGAGCUACUAUCCGAAGCAGAGAGCCUCGUAUAUGAAGCCGAAGAGAAGGGAGCCACCAAUGCCGAUAGAGCUGCAGGUGCACAGGCCUUUUUGGACUUUUUCCAGGCCAAUCCGGACUUGACGCUAGAUGAGCUGACGCAGGAAUUCCACAAGAAGAUGCAGCUUACCUGA